AUGCUAGUGAUCGACACUGGGGUUCGAAGGACACCAUACAUCAGUAAUCGAGGCACGGGUCACAUAGAUUCACAGAAUUGUGUGUUUGGUGGGGCGUCUUAUAAAAACAGCGCGCGUGUCGUGCGCGGGGCGGAGCUUUGGGCGGCGCUUGAGUCGUGCCGGGGGCGGCGUGCGGCGUGGGCGCGGCCAGGGGUGCGAGAGGGUGUGCGGGAGGGGGCGCGACAGCGCGACGCGCAGUGCCGCGCGCCGCGCCGACCUGCACGCACCGCGAGCACGAGACGCAAGCGAGCGCGCCGCGAGUGUUCCCUGUGA